GGCGACAAGCAAUAUCAAAUCUCAAUCCUAACCCGACCACGUAUUCUUCUAGGGACUGUAGUAGGUGGUGGUUGUCCGUCAUUCAGGAGUACAAACACGGAGACCGGGUUAUCAUGGACGCUAUCAGCGACGGUAAUCACUUUGUCAAGGAUCAAUAACUGCGAAGGUGGUAAGGUUCCUGCAGAUUGACCAGGGCCCCUCAAUGAGCCGCCACUUUCUUCUACGAGCUCCCGGCAGAGUCGCUGGCCAGUCUGGGCCAUGGGCUGCCAACAUACGCUCAAAUCACACUGACUCGCGACAACGUCUCAGCAACUUCUGGAUUCCUACGGUCAACGUGCAGAAGCAGGAUGCAGCUCCAGACGCCACACAAUUGCUCACUCGAGCAGGCUACUUGCGACAAGCAUAUGCGGGCAUCUUCCAAAUGCUCCCGCUCGGUCUACGCGUCCAAGAGAAGCUGGAAGGUUUGAUCGACAAGCAUAUGCGAUCUGCGAAAGCUUCCAAGGUCUCGCUAUCGUCCCUCACCUCCAAAGCAGUAUGGCAACAAUCAGGGCGGUGGAAACCUGGCGCCGAGUUCUUCGCGUUCAAGGACCGGAGGGACUCCGAGUGGCUCCUGGCUCCCACCCAUGAAGAAGAAAUCACCACACUCGUCGCCGAGGUGGUGCAGAAUCGUCAACAACUCCCAGUACGGCUGUAUCAAAUCAGCCGAAAAUAUCGAGAUGAGAAAAGGCCACGAGGUGGACUCCUGCGAGGUCGCGAGUUCCUCAUGAAAGACCUCUACACUUUCGACGCCACCCCUCAAGAGGCUCACAAGACGUACGAUGAAAUCAGAUCUGCAUACCGUAAUUUCCUCGACGAGCUCACUGUCCCUUAUACCGAAGCCAGGGCCGAAUCAGGGGACAUGGGCGGCAACCUCAGUCAUGAAUACCACUUUCCCAAUACGGCCGGCGAAGACAUUGUCAUAACCUGCACAGACUGCGACUACGCUCGCAACGAAGAGUUCGUCUCGCAGCGGUCGUAUCCACCACAGCCCAUCACUGAAGCUCCUUCUCCAACAACAAAUGCUGAACCAUUCCUCCAAGAAGACUUACUUAGCCUGAACGAACGCAGUCUGAUCCGCGCCAUAGCACCACAGGUAUCAUCCAAGCAAUCUGCUCCACAGAUUCUGAACUCUUACGCAAUAAAAGCUGCCUUGAAAGGUAUCGUCGACAUCGACUCUGGCCUCGAAGACCCACUACACUUCUUCGAAGGAAUUGUAGCAACCAGCGCAAACGGAAACUCCUCCAACAAGCCAUCAAUAUACUACCUCCUCGACUCACGUGUCGACCCACAAUCCGUUACCCACCUCAUCGCCAACGACAUGGCACUGUUCUCCCCAGCAAAAGUGAAUUUCUACACGAUCAGUGCGCCAGAAAAUGGGAUUAACCUUCUUAAACUCCAAAAUGGGGACCCCUGUCCCGAGUGCCACAAAGGCACCCUGAAACUCGAUAAAGCCAUUGAAAUAGCCCACACCUUCCACCUCGGCACCCGGUACAGCUCGAAACUCGGUCUCGCCGUCCGCCACACUGGCAGUAAAGACCCUAUCCCCGUCGAAAUGGGCUGCCAUGGCAUCGGCGUCUCUCGGCUCAUCGCAGCAGUCGCAUCAUGUCUGUCUGACGAAGCGGGUCUGAACUGGCCUCGGGUCAUCGCACCCUUCGAAGCAGUAGUCGUCGUCCAGACAUCAAAACCCGAGCGUAUGCAAGCUGCGGAAAAGAUCUACGACGAGCUCGCCGGGGCUGGCUCAUCGGGCUCCAAUACCGCAGUCGACGUCAUCCUAGACGACCGGCCCGACCAAGGACUUGGUUGGAAGCUAAAGGACGCAGAUAUGAUCGGAUAUCCUGUGAUCAUCGUCGUCGGCAAAUCUUUCGACCAAGGCAAAGUCGAAGUCCAAUGUCGACGACUCAAGGUCAAGCAGGAUGUCGAUAUCGACGGUGUAGCACAAUUUGUGCAUUCUCUACUCAAACAAUUGUAAAAUACCUGUUCGACAGUGAAAUCAUGUACAUCACAUACCUCACCCAAAAAGGAGGACUGGAAUUCUGCCUCACCGCACAAAGUCGCGCACACAGAAAAUUACCGCUCAUCAAAUACCCAUAGAGACUACAAGUGAGAAUUCCAAAAAGCCACAGAUCGAACAGAGCGCAAGCAAAAAGGGCA